CGAGCGGCUUCAUGACGUCACAGGGUUGACAUGUAAGCACAGCCAAUAUUUGCAUGGCAACCGGCCUCCAUUAUCCUCCGUUUGAAAAAAAUAGCAACAAAUUGUUUGGCUGUGGGAAUAGGUAGCGACAAGAUUCCUUGGAGAUUGGACGCUUUAGAUUCCAUUCUCUACACUGACUGAUGGACAAGAGCUAUGGUGAAGCGAUCGAGUAGGUUUUAACGUUAGAUUUUAUCUUGUUUCCUGCUGUGAUCGAAAGAAUGUCUACUCGUUUGGUAAAACCUAUGCCCGUACAACGGACACGUUCUUUGAUCGGAAAUACAGACAAUUUUAUUGACAAACCGAACAUGCAUUUACCGCCUAUUACCAGUCAGACGGGUAUAGGGAGUACUGCACAAGGCCACCAUCACGUCGGAGGACAGGGACUGAAGGUACAGCAGUUAUACGAUAAUCAUCAUGACCACAAACACAUACAAAAUGGCGGGGAUCAACAGAAUAAUAACCCCUCACAGUCGCAAGGUAUCCGUCCAACGAGCGUAGGAAGCUCUGGGAGUAAUCGUGGAUCGGCGAGAAAAACAGCAAUGACCCCUGAGACUGCUAUGAAACAGUAUAUGCAUAAACUUUCCUCCUUUGAGCAUCAUGAGAUAUUUAAUUAUCCUCAAAUCUAUUUUGUGGGUCAAAAUGCCAAGAAACGCCAAGGUGUAACAGGAGGGGCUGGGAACAAUGGUUAUGAUGAUGACCAAGGCUCCUAUAUCCAUAUUCCACAUGACCAUAUAUCCUAUCGGUAUGAAGUUUUGAAAGUUCUCGGCAAGGGUAGCUUCGGCCAAGUUGUUAAGGCAUAUGAUCACAAAAACAAUGCCCACGUUGCCUUGAAAAUGGUACGAAAUGAGAAACGAUUCCAUAGACAAGCUCAGGAAGAGAUCAGGAUUUUAGAACAUUUGCGCAAACAGGACAAGGAAAAUAACAUGAACGUUGUACAUAUGAAUGAACAUUUCAAUUUCCGUAAUCAUAUAUGCAUCACAUUUGAGCUUCUAAGCAUGAACUUAUAUGAACUGAUCAAAAAGAACAAAUUCCAGGGAUUCAGUCUACAACUGGUACGCAAGUUUGCUCACUCCAUCUUGCAGUGCCUGGACGCCUUAUACAAGAACCGCAUUAUUCACUGUGAUCUUAAGCCUGAGAACAUUCUGCUGAAACAACAGGGUCGCAGUGGAAUCAAAGUCAUUGACUUUGGUUCAAGUUGCUACGAGCACCAGCGCAUCUACACGUACAUCCAGUCCCGUUUCUACAGAGCACCCGAAGUGAUCCUUGGAUCGAAGUAUGGCAUGCCUAUAGAUAUGUGGAGCCUGGGCUGUAUCCUGGCUGAGCUCCUCACCGGAUACCCUCUGUUCCCCGGGGAGGAAGAAGGAGACCAGCUUGCCUGCAUAAUAGAGCUCCUAGGUAUGCCACCUCAGAAGCUGCUCGAUCAAUCCAAACGUGCCAGAAACUUCAUCAGUUCCAAAGGGUUCCCCCGCUACUGCACUGUCGUCACACAGGCGGAUGGACAAACGGUAAUGUCCGGAGGGCGCUCAAAGCGUGGGAAGGCGCGGGGACCACCAGGCAGCAAGGAGUGGUCAGCUGCAUUGAAAGGUUGUGAUGAUCCGCUGUUUCAAGAUUUCAUGCGCCGUUGCCUGGAGUGGGACCCUGCAACGCGGUUGACCCCAGCACAGGCACUGCGACAUGCAUGGCUGCGACGCCGCCUUCCCAAAGCACCAAAUGAGAAUGCGACGAGAAAUACGUCGGCUACAGGCAGUGGGAUCAAGCUGCCUAAUGGAAUUCCCAGUGGUAAAAACCGAAUUCCACCCAUUUCUGAGGACCCUGCUCUCAACACCAGGACUAAAUUACCACAAAUAGGCUCAACAUCAUAAGGAUUACCAUAUCCUUAAGUGCAAGUAUAUCAAAAAUGUGCAUUUUAACUGAGGAAAAAAAAAACAUUCAGGAAUACUGUCUAAAAUGGAAUGGAUAAUUUCCAUUUGAGGGUGAUGAGAAAAAAAUUCAAUUAAAUCAGCCGUCCAUUUAUUGACAAAAAAGUGAUCUCUGUUUGAAGCCUGCACCACCACUAGUAGAGAUACAUACUUAAUUAACGACUAUUGGAGAACUAUAAUGGAAAGUAUUAUGAAUCGGUGAUGAAAGGAUGGACUGUGAUGUUAUUCUGUAUAUUAGCGCACGACUAUAGGAACAUUGUGUACAUAACAAACAAAACCAAACUCCUUUUUUAUUAAGAAGUCAUCCGGUGUUGUCUUAUCUACAUUGGAGCUCCCCCAGAGACUAGUAAUGCACAAUAAUGGGGGAACAUUUUAAUUAAUGCUAGGAGAUUCUACUGCCAUAUCUUGGGUUAAAGAAACAACAGCAAGAGACUGCUGAGUAAUAUUUCACAGGCACUGGUCCUUCUUUAUUUAAGUUUAUAUAUUAGGAAGCUGUUUUUCAAUGCAAUUCAAUAAUGUUCUCUUCAAUGUUGACCAAUUUGUGAGGUGAGUUUUUAGUUCAAAUUUCAUUUUAGAAUCAAAAGAUCCUGUUAGCUUGAGGGGUUUUGUUGAGUAUGGAUUUUUUUCCCUUUACAAUAAGCAUAGGCACUAUUGUGUCUGCGCAAAGUUUUAUCGCUUUUACCAUUAUAGUGUACACAUUCUCUUUUGCAUUAUUGAAAAGGUUGGGGCCAUUCUGGUUUCUCAGAUGUGCCGUCAUUUUACACAAAUUGAUGCUGGUAUACAAAGUUGCUUGGUUACUAGGCUUGCUUCAGCUGUUUGCAUCAGAUUGCAGUAGACAGAACAAUUUAUUACGAUUUUUUUUCACAUGAUAUCCUGCAUGUCCAGGGAGUAGGAGUAAAUUGGAUGUUUUUUAUCAGAUUGACUUUUAUUGUCAUUAUAAGAUGAUUAAUCUACACCAAUAUUAUGGAAUCUGCCGAGUAUUGCAAAACGCCAUUGCUCAUUUUUAGUUGAUAAUCGGUUUUUAUGUUUUGCUGAUAGUGCAUGGUCUACGGAAACAAGUCUCAGAACAAGGAUAGUUUUAGAAUGUACCGAGCAUUUCUAGAAUGUCAAGUGUAUACACGGUACUUUUUAAAGUGGUAAAGUAGGGAAAAAAAUCAAUAAUGAGAACUGCUGUCUACACAUGCCCAACAAUCACCUAUUCGAAAGCCAGCUUGCUGGGUCUGCAAAAUUGACUUGAGAGUCCAGCUGUGGGUCAUACACGGCUAUUAUUCAUACAGAAAUGAUUACAGAAUUGAUAAGGCAACCUACUCUCAUUGUAUCAUGUUUAUAAUGGUCCAUAUGCGAAGACUGGAAAGAGCGGGCGGGGAAAUCGAAUUGAAUUAAGAGAUCUGUGAUGUUUUUAUGACAACUGCUGAUGGUUUAUAUAAAUUUAACAGGGCCUGUUUUUUUUUCCUCUCGGAUUAUACAGUGACAGUCUCAGUGACCUAAUAAGAUCAGACAGACUGAAUAGACCUGUAGCACUUUCCUUUAUUUAUUUGUGUUCCAUUUGGCAGCCAGUCCUGUCUAGGUAUCCUUAGGAUAAUAUCCAUGCCUUUGUUCAUACUACACUGCCGAGUAGUGAAUGGACUGGGAGCUACCUGUGGUUAAUUACAAAUUCAUGGUGGUAAUAUUAACCCAUAGCUGGAGGGAGACAGGUAGCCGAGUGCCAACCUCGGUUCAUUCUGCACGAUUGUCACCCGGUUAAUUCAUAAUCCAGAAAUUGAGGGGAAAAUUCAAGUUGAAAAAUUCCACACCUUGACUAACUUGAUUGUGUCAGUCUCAGUGUGGAGUCAAGCUUUGAUGUCACGGGCUGUAUUGACCUUAAGUCUUAUCUAAUCUUUAGACUUUGAUGAAUAACCAGAGAGCCUUAUAGAAUCCUACCUGUAUGGACCGUAAUUACUUCAAUUAGUGCAUCCCCAAGCAAUUGUGAAUUCUUUGCUUAUUGUUAACCUACUAGCAAUUACCUGUAUAUAUAUAUAUAUAUAUAAAUCUAAGUAAGGAAAUAUGAGUUCAGACUGUUGAUCACCAUCACAUGAGCUGCUGUUAAUGACACAGAAAUGCCCCUUUCUAUUGUGCUCUUUUUCUUCAAAGGGACUAGUAUGAACCCUCUCAUGUGUAGGUCUCAGCUGCAAUAUCUAGCAAUACUCAGUUUUGCAAAAAUUGAAGCAAAUGUAAGAGCAGAUGGGAGAGGGUUUAUGUAUUUUUUUUUUUUGGGGGGGGGGAGGGGGUCUAUUCUGCUUCCCUUCAACAACUGACAAUUUCCUCAGCAAGUGCUCAAAUGUAAAUACUGAAUGAGUAUAUAUUGUAUAGAAAUCUAUUAUAUAAGUGAAAGAGGAAUAUUUUUGUACCUAGACCUGGUAUGUCUAGAGUCACACAAAAAUUUAAGUCUCACGUGGAAGUAGAGUGUGCAACAAUUUCUGGAAGCUAGACUACAAAAUGCCAAGCACUACAAAUAGAAUACUGAAGAACACGGUUGAGUUUUUAUUUUUGAAGGGGUCAACAUAUAAUUGGCUCUUCACCUGGCCAUAUCUACGGCCCUCUGAAUGUUUGGUUUAAACUAUCAGUUCUAUCUGUGUAUACAUGCAGAGAUAUGGGCUGAUUUUUUGUAGUGAGCUUGAAUGCCCUGUGCUUUACGACACUGGAUAAAUAACACCUUCCAGACCCUGUAAAUAUCACUCGUAUUAAUUAAGACAGGUGAGGUUUGAUGAAGAAAAUACAACCCCCACCUGAAAUAUUAGUUGAAAGUGGACACUGCUUUCAUGCUGUUGUUAUAAUAUCAUUGUUUUUUAUUGCUAUUGGUAUGAUUCAUUUUAUUGUUUUAUUUAUCUUUUUACUCUGGAAAAUGUGGUUAUUACAUAAUACUACUCUUUCAAAAGCAAAACAAAAAAAUGUGAAAAUCGUAAGUAGAUGUUACAGUACAACUGCGUGAAAUCUGUAUUCCCAACCUUGGAAAUGUGAUUUAGUCAAAGAUUAAAGACAUUUUCAUAAGUAU